UUUGCAAAUCCUCUUAUUACUGAAGUCAUUGUUGCCAGCAGGAAUAAGAUUAAAGGUGCUUAAGUCUGUAGAGUUGUUUCUAAUUUGUACGUGUCAUUUCAGUGCCAUUUUAACAGAACUCUGUCUCUUGUCUCUCCCUUCUCCCCCGGUACUAUCUCAAGUUAGGUCCGAGGAGCCAGGCCAUUGGAAGAAAUCUCAUUUUAUCCUCCUAAUUAUUAUGCUGGCACUCAGGAGAUAAUUUUUCCCUUCAUGCACUGCCAAUUAAUAUGCAAAUGGGCUGAUAAAUAUUUAUGCAAUGAUUUAAAUUAUGCAGGGAGUGCUUUCAGUGUGUUCUGUAAAUGAAUUGUUCGUGGACUUCAAAGUGCUGGCUGCUGUGCUAACGAGGAGAGAUUUGCAUACGGCCCUAAUCACACGCAUACUGAUUAAGCUUCAUUAUGGAAACUGCCAGCUGCAAUCUUUGUUUCUAUUUUAUUACAAAAAGGGGAACUUUUCAUGCUUCAGUUGCCUUGACAAUGUCAGUCCUAGCUGGUAGGAGAGACUAAAACUCCUCUGAGCAACUGAAGUUUCCUUAUUCAGUUGAAGAUUGCUAUGGUGUAACUGAAGUUGUAUUUUCCUUCUCCCCCUAAUCCACUUUCCACCUCCCACCCUUGUUCUCUGAAGAACAUAGUGUAGAUUUGUUAGAAAUAGUAGUACCUUCUUUCACCCACCCCAAACUGCUACCUGUUUCUUCCUUGCUUUGGACUGUCUGAACCUCUAGAAGAUUUCACAGCAAUGCUGGACUGCAGUGACUAUGUUCUAGACUCAAGAAUGAAUAAUCCGUCAGAAACCAGUAAACCGUCUAUGGAGAGUGGAGAUGGCAACACAGGCACACAAACCAAUGGUCUGGACUUUCAGAAGCAGCCCGUGCCUGUUGGGGGAGCAAUCUCAACGGCCCAGGCCCAGGCUUUUCUGGGACAUCUCCAUCAGGUCCAGCUCGCUGGAACAAGUUUACAGGCUGCUGCUCAGUCUUUAAAUGUACAGUCUAAAUCUAAUGAAGAAUCGGGGGAUUCACAGCAGCCAAGCCAGCCUUCCCAGCAGCCUUCAGUGCAGGCAGCCAUCCCCCAGACCCAGCUGAUGCUGGCUGGAGGACAGAUAACUGGGCUUACCUUGACGCCGGCCCAGCAACAGUUACUGCUACAGCAGGCGCAGGCGCAGGCACAGCUGCUGGCCGCCGCGGUCCAACAGCACUCCGCCAGCCAACAGCACAGCGCUGCCGGGGCCACCAUCUCAGCCUCCGCCGCCACGCCCAUGACGCAGAUCCCCCUGUCGCAGCCCAUCCAGAUCUCCCAGGAUCUGCAGCAACUGCAGCAGCUUCAGCAGCAGAAUCUCAACCUGCAGCAGUUUGUGUUGGUCCAUCCGACCACCAACUUGCAGCCAGCGCAGUUUAUCAUCUCACAGACGCCCCAGGGCCAGCAGGGUCUCCUGCAAGCGCAAAAUCUUUUAACGCAACUACCUCAGCAAAGCCAAGCCAACCUCCUACAGUCGCAGCCAAGCAUCACCCUCACCUCCCAGCCAGCAACCCCAACGCGCACAAUAGCGGCAACCCCGAUUCAGACACUUCCACAGAGCCAGUCAACACCAAAGCGAAUUGAUACUCCCAGCUUGGAGGAGCCCAGUGACCUUGAGGAGCUUGAGCAGUUUGCCAAGACCUUCAAACAAAGACGAAUCAAACUCGGAUUCACUCAGGGCGAUGUUGGGCUCGCUAUGGGUAAGCUGUAUGGAAAUGACUUCAGCCAAACCACCAUCUCUCGCUUUGAAGCCUUGAACCUCAGCUUUAAGAACAUGUGCAAGCUAAAGCCACUUUUGGAGAAGUGGCUCAAUGAUGCAGAGAACCUCUCAUCUGAUUCAGGUCUCUCCAGCCCAAGUGCCCUGAAUUCUCCAGGGCUGGGAAUGGAGGGCUUGAACCGUAGGAGGAAGAAACGCACCAGCAUAGAGACCAACAUCCGUGUGGCCUUAGAGAAGAGUUUCUUGGAAAAUCAAAAGCCUACCUCGGAAGAGAUCACCAUGAUUGCUGAUCAGCUCAGUAUGGAAAAAGAGGUGAUUCGUGUUUGGUUUUGUAACCGCCGCCAGAAAGAAAAAAGAAUCAACCCACCGAGCAGUGGUGGGACCAGCAGCUCACCUAUCAAAGCAAUUUUCCCCAGUCCAACCUCACUGGUGGCAACCACGCCAAGCCUUGUGACUAGCAGUGCGGCCACGACCCUCACUGUCAACCCGGUCCUCCCACUAAGCAGCGCUGCCGUCACGAGCCUGUCUGUCACAGGCACCACAGACAGCACCUCCAACAACACUGCCACCGUGAUCUCCACCGCGCCGCCAGCUUCCUCCGCAGUCACGUCCCCCUCGCUGAGCCCCUCCCCGUCCGCCUCGGCCUCCGCCUCCGAGGCAUCCGGCGCCAGCGAGACCAGCACAACGCAGACCACCUCCACUCUGUCCUCUCCUCUCGGCACCAGCCAGGUGAUGGUGACGGCGUCAGGGUUGCAAACGGCGGCGGCCGCUGCCCUCCAAGGGGCCGCGCAGCUGCCGGCCAACGCCAGUCUCGCCGCCAUGGCCGCCGCCGCGGGACUGAGCCCAGGCCUGAUGGCGCCCUCGCAGUUCGCAGCUGGAGGUGCCUUACUCAGUCUCAAUCCAGGGACCCUGGGCGGUGCUCUCAGCCCGGCUCUCAUGAGCAACAGUACACUGGCAACUAUUCAAGCUCUCGCUUCUGGUGGCUCUCUUCCAAUAACGUCACUGGAUGCGACUGGGAACCUGGUAUUUGCCAAUGCGGGAGGAGCCCCCAACAUCGUGACUGCCCCCCUGUUCCUGAACCCUCAGAACCUCUCUCUGCUCACCAGCAACCCAGUGAGCUUGGUCUCCGCCGCCGCAGCCUCCGCAGGGAACUCUGGGCCUGUAGCCAGCCUCCACGCCACCUCUGCGUCCGCCGAGUCCAUCCAGAACUCUCUCUUCACGGUGGCCUCUGCCAGCGGGGCCGCCUCCACCACCACCACCGCCUCCAAGGCACAGUGAGCGGGGCCGCGCGGGGCCUGCCACCAGCCUUUGCCACCUGCCGCGCGAGUGGCCUGCCAGCCAGGCCGAGACUGAACAAUGUGAUUGGCUUCCUCUUGCCAUGUUUCAACAGCAAGCAAGGGAGAGAAGGGAGAAAAGGAGAAAAACGCCUACCAGAGGGAAAAAAAAAAAAAAGGAUGGAGACAGGACAACAUUUGCCUAAUUUUGUAAUAAAACACUGUCUUUUCAGGAUUGCUUCAUGGAUUGGAGAACUUUCUAACCAAAAAUUAAAAAAAAAAAAAAAAAAGCAGAAACAAAAAAUCAAAAACAAAAACAUAAGUGAAAGGACUACUUAUCAUUUCCAGCAGUCAUGAUGACAAGUUAAGGUGGGUUACCAAUUCCGAUAUAGGAAGGGGAUUUCUUGUUUGUCUAAAUUUCUUUUUUUCUUAAAAAAAAAAAAAAAUCAUUUUUAUGGGUCUGUUGUACAGGCCAGUAAGUCAUAACAAGGUGUUUAUAAUCGUAUCAAUUGUGUUGGGGGUUCCUUUCUUAACUGGUACAAUUUAGGCAGGCCUGUAUUACUGUAUCUCUAUUAUUAUUGUUGUUGUUGUUAUUGUUUUUUAUAUAUAUAUAUAGUUUGGACAUGUUUAUCUCUUGCUCCUGGAUCCUACUUCAGUGAGCUCCCACACUGUGGGGAGGGAGGGUUUGGGGGUAAGGGGAGACUUACGUUCUUAACUGCGGGGAAUGUUCUUGCUGGUUUCCUUAUCCUUGAUGACUCUUACAGAGGUGCUAGAAAAUUAUUUUCUUUUGCCACUUAUGCAAGAGGCUUGGUGCAGAAGCUGAUGGCAGUGUGUGCAAACACUCCCGCUCCACACACGCCCCCUCCCCCAUCAGGUGGUGCCUUCGGAGCACUUUUGUGUAGGAAGCGAUUCCUGCUGAACUGUAGCUCUCACUCACCCCGGAUCAUUGAAUGACCCCGAGGCCCAGAUCCUGCGGUGCAACGGGGCGGCGUCUGCUGUCCGUGGAGAUGGCCGCGUGUGUCGCAGGGCAGGAUCUGGUUCCGAAGAGCAAAGACUACUGCAGACACCUGACUUGGUGGUUCUCCUGAUUCCCUGUCUCCUGAGAAAUGCUCCUACUGUUGGUGUGUGUGUUUGUUUGUUUCCAUUUUGUGAAAGUUUUUCAUUCAGACUUCCUUUCAUUUACUUAGCAGAGAGCGAAUUGACUUCUUGAAAUCGGGAAGCUCCUCCCCUCUGUUGUGUUCUGAAGGAACUCCCCUAGACUGUUGCCAUCGAGUCCGUAUCCCCCAAAGAGGUGUGAUGGGAAGGGUCUGAGGCUCCCACCUUUUCCGGUGGCCGCAGACUUCCUUUUCACUGGACGACGUGUAACGUCCUCUAACCUUAAGACUCUCCUUGCUUCCCUGACUGGAGAAUGCACUUACUAGCUGGGCACGGGGUCUCAGAACCUUUGAAGGACUUUGAGCAGGAACUUUGCACACACCUCAAGUGUCUCCUUGGUUUAUUAGUGACGCUCCAGCUCGGUAGAUCGGAACGGCAAUACACGUCUCGCUGUAGAAAGUGAUUAGCUUCCGGAAUUGUUUUCAGGGUGUUUCUAGACGAUGCAAAUGAGCCCGUCGAAAGGAAGAGUUUAUGGAAGUAGAUGAAGAGGAAUGAGGGUAACUUGGAAAUUCAAUUCCCCUUUGCGUCAGCGUACUAUUAUGAUGUUUGUCCCAAAACAUUUCCCGGACGACUGGAUCACUGCGAUGCAGCUCGUCUGAGCCCCCCCUCUUAUUGGAGAUCAGGUUCCCGUCUGGUAUCUGUGGCUGCCUGCUUUUAUCUCCAGUGGCCCAAGACUGCACUUUCCCCCCUUUGGAGCUAGGGUCUGAGAGAGAGUGGACAGGUCGUUUUCGUUCUGAUUGCUCUGCUUAUGUCCCCGAGAGAGCUUGGAGUCUGUGUGUUUGUCUCUUCACAGUGUUGGGAAAGGCAGUGAUACAGAUACAGCGUGUAUUUUUGUGUGUGAUCGUCCAAGGGGGAGACAGGCACCUUAAUAUUAAAUGGCCAGAAAUGGAUUUAGUCCCUCUGUUAAUUUUUCUUUUGUUGCUUCUGUCUUCCUGUUUUAUUUCACGGAGUAUUUAAUUAUCAACCUAAAUUUCCUCUUCUCACCGUUCACCUUCCCUAAAAUCCCUCCAAAAUCAGUGAACUGCAAGCAGGGAAACUAACAAAUAAUGUCCAUCCACCUUUUUUUAUGUGUGGUGUGUUUUUUUUUAUGUUGUCGUUUUUUUGUUUGUUUUCUUUUUUUAACUAAGCUUGAACCAAAGUCGAUUUUUAGCAAGCUGCUGUACUAAUGGACUAGUUUAUAACGUGCAUUUCAGACACAUUGAGGAGAUAGAUGCUACUGACAAUUUCUUGUUUCAUUUGUCUUUAUUUUAUAUAAAAGUUGCUGCUUGUUUUAAUCUUUUAUGUUGGUUAAUUGUAAUAUCCUCUGGGCAGACAUUAACUUGAUUUUAACUAGUGUAUUUAGUUCGGUGUGUAAAUAGAAUGGCAGUGUCGGUUACUAAUUUUUCUCUCCUCCAUCUUCUCUGAUGUUGUUCAGUUUAAUCUUGUAUCCCAACUUGACAUCUCUAACUUUAGUCUGUGCAAAUGGUUUUAGGGCUAUCACUAAUAGUAGCUGCCCAUUAUAAAUGAGUCCCUCCCCUGGGAGUGGUAAGUUAGGAGGAAGGAUUCAGGGAGGGAAAUGCUGAUACCCACCGUCCCAGAUUAGAGGUUAUAGCAUUAAUUUCCCAAAACUGCUGCCAAAGGAAGUGUGGAGUCCUAAGAGACUCAAACCCAGUGGAUUAAAAGGAAGGGCAAAGAAAGGCUGUGCUUGCGUGUGUGUUUUCCUGUGUGGUUCAAAAGAUGCUCCCGCUCCUAAACAAGGUUCACCAACGGACUUUAAUGUUUUAAAGAUACUAAGCUUUAAAUGUCAGGACGAUGGGCUUCUAUUCUCUGCCCUGUCUGUGUUCUCUAGUCAGCCUGGGAUAAGGGGAUUCUGCCUCUUCGCGUGUGUGUGGAUCACUUCAUGAGGAUAAACCUUAAACCAGCAUAAAAACCCGUGCUUAAAAGAAAGAAAUCCUUAGACAAAGGUAACAUUUAAAAAUGUUCUCGUUCUUUUCUUAUUUAAAGACAAGUUGUAAAAUGAAAGGUACAUUUGUACGUGUACACAGGAAAACACUACAACAGUUUGUUGAUAGGUAUUUAGCUUAAAAUCACUCCCCACCACCAUCCCUGGACAUUUUGCUGGUCAUAUGGCUUCAUGACUCAACCUUUAGUCCUUUUUUACUUUAUAUUAUAGUUAUCAUCUCAAGAAAUGCUUUUUGAAUUGAGUGAAUCUCCUAAGCUAAGGUACUCAGACUUGACUUUGAACCACCUUAUAUGGGAAAGUCUGGAAAUGAAGGGGGCCAUUUGACCAAAAGGAAGUGUUUGGUAGUUUCUGCAUUUCUAAGCGUUUGGGCCAGAUGGGUCAUCAGAACUCAUUGUACAUUCUUCUUCUCCCCCCCCCCCAUGUUUAUGCAGAUUUUAUUUCCUCCCUGAAUUUGGUGAAUACAUACUAAACCAAAGACUAAUUCUGAAUGCAUUUAUAGUGAUACUAUAUUUCUGUAUUUGCCCAUGGUAAUGGGCCCUCCCCAGGGAGUGGUGAAUGUAAUUGAAUCCUGCUUAUCACAAGCAGUGCAAUUUGGUCAUGAACUUUAUUUAUACCCUGUGUGAAUCUGAAGGACAGAGCAGAAAGACCUAGAAAAGGGCUUCUUAUUGGAACAAUAUUAUUGUUCCUGAUUUAAGAAAUAAGUUGAGUGCUACAUAUUAGUUUAAAUGUUUCCGAAUUACAUAAGCAGCUUUUUAGAAUUAACAAAAUGUUCAUCUCUAUUACCUGACACAAUACACGCUUCCUUUUAUUUAUCUGAUAAGAAAGACCAAUACCAUCCCGAUUUACUCAACUUCUUACUCCAGCAACGGAACCAAAGGAAUCCAACUUUCAUUUCGUGUAGGACCAUACCUAUUUGUACUUCAUGGUAGCAUUAUUAGAAGUUAACGAUCCUUUUUUUUUUUUUUUUUUUUAAGGGAAAAUAAGGUUAAUUAAAAGACUUUUUGUGAGACGAUGCUGUUUUGUUCUACAUAAUUCAUUCAUUGUUGGGGGGGGAAAAAAAGCACAAUUAUACCUCUUUUUUAUGUUAUUUUGCCCUGUUAUCCCUCAUGUAUUUGGGAAGAUGGGGGGAUCUUGUCUGUAUUAUCCAGAAGCACAGAUAUUUUCUUGACACAAGAUUUAAGGUCAGCCCAAUCUUUAACAUUAAAUUUUCUCUUUAAAUUGCUGGGAAAGCUGGAUACAUUUGCAUAUAUAGGAAAUCAUAUUUGUAGAUACUUGAAGCUCCAAACCCUGAUAGUAAACAUUGCAGUCAGUGUAUAUAAUAAACGUACAGAAGAAACUCUUUGUAGUUCAUAGUCUACAGUUGUUCCCAAUCCAUGUCAUCCUCCCCAAACUUUCUUCACCGAGAAAAAAGUAAACCCGUUGAGAUAGGAAGAAAAGGGAGAAGUGCCAGCCGGGAGACGUCCGGGUGCACUGAGCCCCAGGGCUGGUGGGUAGCGCUGGUGGGGAGUGGCGCCUGCCCAGACCUCCUGCUGGCAGUAUCCACCGGGGUCAGACCCCCUAGGGGCACCCCAGAGGUCAGUCUAGGGUUUGAUAACCUUCAGUCGAAGAAGAGCCUCAACAGUUCAUGAUGAGAUUUUGGCCAAGUUCUUUUCCAUCGAUUCAGCAUCUAAAAUUGAUGAAUUUAAAGUUCAUUCUUCAAACCGUGUUUAUUGCAGCUGAAAAUAUUAAAAGACCAUCCAUGCUACCAAGAAAAUGGCUUUCAAGACCUGAAAUUUAAAGUUAUUCAAAUGGGCAACAGUUGAUGGAUUCAUUUGAUCAUAACCAUUGAUGAGUUCAUUUUGUAUAUGCGCAUAAAAAGCAUUUAAUGUAUGACACUGUUCAUCUAAUCAUAGCCCUGGCCAUUUUGAAGUCAUUUUCAGUCUUAAAACAUCUUGAAGAUGACACUUUAAGAUGGUAAAUCUUUCUUAGCAUUUACCUUCAUUUUUGAGAAGGAAAAAGAAUCUUUGCCAUUCUUUUAAGAGAAAUAACUAAGAUCCGCUAUUAGGCAGGUUGGCAUAAUGGCGCACACAGUAUAAAUGUGAGCUUGAACAGGAGUAGGAUAAAUAAACCGCUUUUAUCAUUAAAAGCUGAUACCAGCCCUGUUCUGCCUCACUCAUUCGUUAAUCCAAAGAGAUCAAAUGGGACACCCCGGAGAUUUCCAGUAAGAUCAUUUGAGAAGAUUUCAUCAGGAAGGCAGGGAAUGUGUUGUUUCUCAAGAUUUGUCCAGUUUACACCCAGAUUUCCAUAUGGUUUGUGAGCUGUUGCUUUCUUCUAAUUGUCCUCAUUCGUGAAGCACUUAGGUCCUUGUUUUGGCUCUGCUUCUCUCCGCCUUUUCUAAUAGCAGUAAUUGAGUGAAUCCUACUUUGAUUCUGUGAUCUGGAGCUCCUUUCAGCCCCCUCCUCCUCUUCCUUUUCUUUUUGAAUGGUGAUACCUUAAUCUGUGAGGGUAACGCUGGUGGGUAACAGCUAGCUUCUGGCACCUUCAUAAAAUACCUCAGCGUAGCUUAGCAUUGUUACAGACCUGGUUUUAAUCUAAAAACCAAAAAAAGAAAAAAGAAAAAAACCUUUAUAAAUAGUGGAAAUAAUUCUAGCUGUAGCAUUUAGUUGAACUGAUGUUUAUUACGGUUGAUAAACAUGAUUGAUGCUGUAUGUAUUUGGGAUCCUGUUUAUAGGUUACAAUUUAUAGGGUUAGGGAGGGUUGGGGUGGGGAGAGGAGAAAUUGAUUAUGUUAGAAGGAAAAUGUUGCUCAUGUGUGUUUGUUUUUCCUUGUAUCUGUCUUGCCAAAGGAAACUUGAUUAUCUCUGCAGUGGGUUUGGGAUUCGUCGGCCUCUCCGUGGUUUGACCUGCACUGCAGCGUGUGGGUUACACAUGGGCGGUGCUUUAGCUUCAGGGUCCCCUAAGGCAUGUGUGCCCCUUCCUAUGGCCACCCUUGCCCCCAGACCCUGCCAGUCCCUCCUAAGGAUUCAUUACCUCUCUGUGUGGCAAGAGCUUGGGCGAAGGACGCGUGUGUGGACAUCCAUGUGGGUGUGUGGUUGAGAAACAGAGGCCGGAGCAGGCAUGCGCCAUUUAAUUCGGAAAGGAAAGACAAGUGCUGCAUCCUCAACUAGGAAAACUGAAGUGGAACAGGUUCUUUUUUGUCACCCUCUGUCAUGUUGGCAACAUUGCAAAGCCCUCCUUCCUUUUCUCAUGCCAAGGCUAAUUCCGUCUAGACCAAAAACGCAAACAGAAGUAAAACCGACCCGAGCAGUUGAAAGCCAGCCUGCUUGCCUCACGAGUGUGAUAAGGCGUGACCUCUGGGGACUGGUAGGUUGGUGAGACUGAGGAGAGUGGUGUUCCUGGUGGGAAUGUGGAUGAGAAAUGCUGGCUUGGGCAAUGUCAAAGCACCCUUUCUGCCCAUACUCUGGGACAGACUGCCGUGGCUCUCCACGUUCAGGUAUGGACUCUGCCUCCAGAAAGGUUAUUUUUAAAUGAACCAUCCGUCUCACCGAACCCGAGUGGGAUUUGGUUUAGGUACCAAAGACACUGCUAUGUCAUUGUUCAGUCUUACGUUUUCAAAACAGGCAGAGAGAAUAGGAGUGAAAGGCUGAAAUUUGGAAAGGCUGUACCUAUGUCUCUUUCCUUUUCCUCUCCCCUCUUUUCGCUCCUCCCUUACCCACAUUUUGAAGGAAGUCUUGGUUGUCCUGGCUUCGGAAAAGAGAUGAAUUUUGUUUCGCUCUGCUGGCUCUGUAAAGAUGGAUAGAGUUGCUCAGUGUAGCAGUGAUGUUCUCAGAAUUGCUGGCAAAUUGGGGGGCAGGGGGGGCGGCGUAAAAUAUGGGGGUAGAGGUUGUUUUUUUUUUCUUUAUUU